UGAAUGAAUGAAUGAGUGCUUUAUAUGUCUGUCAGACACACAGACCUAUCGUAUAAUCAAGUGAUUUGUUUUCAAAACAAUAUCACUAUUCAUUUCAUCAAAUAGUGAUUCACUUCACGCGUGACUAACUCUUCGUUUCGGACCAGCUUUGGUGACCAACGAGUGAUUGGUUUUCUCGUCUCAAACAAUGGGACACAAAGUGAAAGAGUCGGAGGAAGAGCUGCGGCGACGGUUCAAAGAGUUGGUCUCUGAUCUCAAUUUGGACAAAACCAGUGCCGACGAGGCGUGGACUUCGUACCAGAGGAUUGGCAUCAACUAUACCCUCGAGGGGGAUCAAUUGCAUUGGUUGUCGUGUGCGGUAUACGUGGCCUGUCGUAAGUGUGUGACACAAACCGUCGGAAAAGUGGUCAAAAUUGAGGGCAAUUUGGUUUCGUUGACUCGUUUGCUUCGGUCGUGUAAACUAAGGUAUGUUCUCUUGUGGUCGGGAACUGCUCUCUUAGAUCCACUUCUUUCCUAUAGUUUGGUUCAGUUCUUCAGCAAAAUGAAGAAGUGGUCAGAUAUGGCCAACUUGUCGGCCGAAAUGAGACAAAAGGUGGACCAUUUGGAGCGCAACUUCAGUGUAUCGACGGUUAUCUUCAAAAAGUACAAACCUAUCUUUGAAGACGUGUUCAAAGAUCCGACUCUUGUGGUCAAUAAAAACGCUAAGAAUCGAAAGCAGAGUCGAAAGCAAUCCAUGUCUUCGACGGACGUAUUCUCGUUUUGCUGGACUCUCUUCGUUCACAUCAAAUCAAAUUUUCCUCAAAUAAGCGACGAUUUAGUCAAUUCUUUCCAUUUAUUGCUCGCAUGUAUUGAUUAUUGUUAUUACAAUUCACUUCUCGUCGACAACUCCAAGGAGUUAUUGAAUCCCAAUUUCAGUGAAUUGGUCAAAGAUAUGAAUGAAGACGGCUCUAAGAAGACGGACCGUCAUCCCUGUAUAAUACAGGCGCUGUGCGACAAAUGGCAGGGAAUAUCAGUGGAGGCGAAGACAAUCAAAGAGCACUGGUGUAAGCCUUGUAUCAAACGUAUGAUAGAGAAAGAUCUCCUUAAGUGCAAAAGUCUCGGCGUUUUCGACGUCUCUUAUUAUGACAACAAUUACAAACAUAUAAUGAAAGAAUACGAUCAGUUUGUCCUCAAUAUCGGUGACUUCGAUGAACGCAUAUUCCUUAACGAGAACGCGACCGAAGAGUUGGGAACUCCUCAGUCCGGCGACAAAGAGUUGGCAGAAUUGGUGCAAACGAGACACAACUCCAAAGAACACCCGAACCCCAACUCAUUGGUUCCGACCACUCCUCUCACGAAUCGGCAAUAUUUGAGUCAAAGGCCAAACAUAACACCAAUGACUCCGAUAGCGAGCGCUAUGAAUAGCGUGAGUCGUCUUCAGUCCAUUCUAUUGGACAGAAAGGAUGAGCCGAACGAUGCGCUCGAAUCCAUAUUCAAACUGUGUAUUAGAAAUCCAAAGGAAAAGAUUCAAACCUUAUUGAAGGCAAUGGGAGACCGAUUUCUCAAUGCAUAUAAUAAUGAUAUGCAGUCGUCAUCCCCGGCCUCUCGCAUGCUGUCGACCAAUGAAGAGAUGGGUCCGCCGUCUCCAACACCUAACGCACAAAACGAUGAGUUCGCCAAAAAGCGUCUCAAACUCUCGAUUAGUUUUUAUUACAAAUCUCUCGAAAACAUUCUUUUGAGUGAAAAGAAGAGAAUUCCAGCGGAAAAGUUGGGCGAAAGUCUGACAACGAUUCUGGAAAAGGAUUCGUUUCACUUGUCUUUGUUUACCUGUUCUCUUGAGAUCGUACUCUUCUCUUAUAACUCACCGAAACAGACGUUUCCCUGGGUUUUGGACGUCUUCUCAGAGGGAACUGAUCUCCGUUUACAUGCAUUCAAUUUCUAUAAAGUAAUCGAACCCAUCAUUCGUGAAGAGGACGGACUGUCCAGAGAUGUUGUCAAACAUCUGAAUUCGAUCGAAGAGAAGAUUCUCGAGAGUAUGGCCUGGAAGUCAGAUUCGCCGCUUUGGGAUCUGAUUCGCGCGAACGCAACUGCGAAGACAUACGUGCCGUCGUGUCUGGAAGUGUCGCUUCCCAUGAAUAACUCUGGAAGUACUCCCUCUUCGGUCUUUAAUUCUCCGGUUUCUCAUCUCAAGAAACAUGAGAUUCAGUUUUCUACGGGUUCUAUAACCGAUAGAUUCAGUUCUCCGUUCAAGAGUACUGCCAAAAGACAACUCUUCGGUUCGAUGAAAGCCGACGCUCCGACCACUUCAACGGCCGGUGCCUCACAAAUGGGACAUAUCGUGCAAAUGAUGAUUCCGGCCAACACACAGAAUGGAGAGAGAAUGUACAUUCAGGUGCCGGCUAUUGCUCUGACUAUCGCUCAGCAAAACACAACCAAUCAAAUAGAAUCGCCGGUCACUGAAAAUGGUAAACCAGUGAAGUCCGGACCGAUUGGCCUAUUCUUCAGAAAGGUAUAUACAAUGGCUGGACUCAGACUUAGAGAUUUAUGCGAACGGCUAAACAUAUGCGAUGAAGACAUUCGCAAAAAGAUCUGGACUUGUUUUGAGCACUCUCUCCGACAGCACACGGAUCUCAUGCGUGACAGACAUUUGGAUCAAAUAAUUAUGUGCGCCUUCUAUGCCAUCAGUAAAGUGACAAAACAGAGUCAGACUUUUCAGGAUAUUAUGAAGUGUUAUCGACUCCAACCACAAGCGGCCAGUCAUGUCUACAGAAGUGUUUUGAUGAGUUCUAUCCGAAGACGACGCAACUCUGGAAGCAGUGACACGAGUCGUAACUCUGGCUCGAGUUCACCACUGAUGCAAGAGGAGAAAGACCGGAUCCGAUCGUCGAGUACUCUACCGGUGCCGCACCCCAACAGUCAGCCGCCGACCCCUACACGCGUUGCCGGCACUGGAUCUCAGUUUGAGUUCGAAGAGCGCGGAGACGUUAUUAUGUUUUACAAUAACGUCUAUUUACCGGAACUCACCGUUAAAUAUAUAAUGAAAUUCUCACCAAAUAUUUCGGAAUCGCCUCCACUCUCACCGUUGCCCCGACUCAACGCUAACCAGAUGUCUCCUUAUCGACGAAUAUCGCAACGCUUCCCGUUGUAUAUCUCGCCGCUGAAGACGGCUAACUUCCCGCCGUCGCCGAACCGGCCGCUGUCCUACCGGUUCCAAAGCAGUCCCGCCAAAGACUUGCGCGCCAUCAACAAUAUGAUGAGAAGCGGUUCGCCGUCUCAAAGGGUGAGCAAAAGGAUAUUACAGGACGACAUCGAGAGCGAGAACUCGCCCACCAAAAGGCAGUGCACCGAAAAGAUUGACCGUAAGAUUCGGGACAUUGUCUCCGAGCGACAGAGCAUCGAAUCCAAUGGCGCUCUCAAUAAUAGUAACGGCAGUGCCGUUGACAGUAGUAAUGACUGACCGCAUGACUGAAUCCAAUACCCGGCCCUUUGACUGCUUGUCAAUCAUGACUUGACAUUUAAUUUGAUUUAAUAAUUAUAACCAAUGAAUCGAUAGUUUCUAAUCUUUUAUUCAAAUUCUUAACUUCUGUUUUUUGGUAGUCUUUAUAGUCUCUCUUAUAUAUUCUUUAUACUGUACAUCAGUUUUUAUCAAAAUUUUUAGCAGAUUUUCGAUCAUGGCUUC